AUGUUGAGGCUUGAAGCUGUUGUUAAGUCCAACAUCUUUCACAAACGUCAGCGACGAGCUAAAUACGUGUCGCUAUCAUUCCCCAUAUUACUCAAUAUAUUCGGCUCGCGAAGGGCUGCAGAUGAUGUGGCUUCCCAAUUAUCGCAAGUGUCCGCAUAUCUCCAACAUCCUCAGUCACCACUGGAGCCGGGGGUAGUGUAUCAUAAUCCCCAGUUUCUCUCACUCCCUGGCGAGAACUGGGAUAUGGGGGAACUUAUUGGUACAGGCAAUAUCCCCAAUUUGGCACACGAAGAAAAGAUAUCAGAAGUCGUUGGGAGGAUCCUGGAGUCGUUGACACAAACAAAUACAGCUGAAGACGAGAAGCUAGAGCUGAAGCUGAAUGUGGGGCUUGCAUCCAAGCUUAAAUUGCACCAAGAAAACGGCUUGCGGUUUAUUCUGCAGCGGGAAGAAGAAGCAUUCGGAAAGCGGAUUUCUUCGUGGUUAAGCAAAGCCGUUAAUCUUCAGUCUGAGGUUCCACUACCUCUCUCCUUCGGAGGCUUGAUUGCCGAUGUAAUGGGACUUGGCAAAACACUCACGAUGCUGGCGGCUAUCUUACAGUCUAUGCCCAUAGCAGAGAAUUUCAGCAACUUCUAUGAGAUGUCUGGAAAUGAUCGCUUGCAGCAGAUAAGAACAAAGGCAACUUUAGUGGUAGUAUCAUCCAUUCAGGUCCUUGACAGUUGGGUAUCAGAGAUACAAGCUCACUUCUAUCCCGAAGCUCUAAGCUGGAUUCGCUUCCACGGCCAAGGCCGUCCCAGGGAACCCGAUGCUAUGAGAUCAGUGAGCAUAGUAUUGACCACUUAUGCAACUUUGGUGGCAGAUGCAAAUGGCUGCCGUACUCUAUAUCAGCUGGAGUGGUAUCGAGUAGUACUUGAUGAAGCUCAUUGGAUUCGAAACUCAGGCUCCAAACAGUUUAAGGCGGCAGCAAGCCUCGAUUGUAGUAGGAGGUGGUGUCUCACAGGGACACCCAUUCAAAACAAGCUAGAUGAUCUAGUAUCUCUAGCCCAGUUUCUCAGACUACCGCCUCUGUCAACUAAACCCGAUUUCCAGAAACACGUCUUGGGUCCGCUUUCACAGGGUGGACCGAAUUUUGCAAAGCCUCUUCAAGGCUAUCUCGAGUCUUACUGUUUGCGGCGAAGCGAGAAGUGUUUAACCCUGCUCCCUACUCUACAAGAAGAAGUAAAGAUUCAGUUCUCAUCCGAGGAACGCGCUAUUUACAAUCGCAUACUGGCAGAUACAAAAAAGCAAAUUGAUUCUCUUAUCAGCAAAAGAGAUAGCCGUAGCUGCAGCAAGCUGUUUUCGGCGAUGCUAAAAAUGCGUAUGCGCUGCAACUUUGGCACAUUUAUAUCGUAUACGGUUGGAGUGAGUUCUCUGGGGCAGCUACAUUCAGAAGACGGAUGUGAACGAUGCUCGCUGAAAGACGAAGAUACCUUCAUGCUUCUGGGCAAUUACUCCUUCUGUCCAGACUGUAGGAGACCAUUGUAUCAGUCUAGUCCCCUCCCGGAGUCCUUCGAAAACUACGAAAGCGAUUCAAAUGACAACGGUCUUAAUGCAAGAGGGGUCGACGAUAGGGAUAUUACGGCUGUGUCGCCGCGGACACCACAGCCUGGAUUCUCGACAAAGCUGAGUACGGUAGCUCAAAACGUCGCACGCGCCGGACCUACGUCUAAACACAUUAUAUUCUCCAGCUGGACCUCCACAUUGGACCUCCUUUCCCGUCUACUCAACCAAUUAGGAAUCCCAUCUUGUCGGGUUGAAGGGAGGACAAGCUAUUCGGAGAGAUCAAAGAACCUCGGGACCUUCAAGGACGAUCCUCAGGUACCAGUAUUGCUUAUGUCGAUCGGUACGGGCGCUGUUGGCUUGAAUCUUACGGUCGCCAACAACGUGCAUCUUGUUGAGCCUCAGUGGAAUCCAGCUAUUGAAGAGCAAGCUGUCGCACGAGCCCUACGAAUGGGACAAACUCGACAAGUCACAAUAUUUCGAUACGUAGUGCAAGACACGGUGGAACAGAACAUUAUAAAUCUCCAGAAAAGAAAGACACGACUUGCAAAGUUCACUUUCGAUACAGAGCGGCGUGGUGCCCAAGCGGAAUUCACUAUGGACUGA